AUGGCGUCUCAAAAUAGUCACUAUUCACGGCCUAGCUUUGUUACUUUAUCUUCGUGUCUUCUCACACUCGUAUCUUUAGUAUUGCUAGCAGAUUCGGCGAAAGCCUCAUUCGAUUUCAAUUCGACAUUCACCGGACUGGACGUCGCGAACCCGAACUCGACGGUCAACUGGACUCUUUACGACAACGCGACUGUUGUCAAGCACCCGCAUAUAAAGCACUCCAAGUACUCGACCUUGGUGACCGUACUCCUAGCGGCAAUUUUUAUGAUAGUAAUAUUCGGAACGAUCGUUGGAAACAUUCUGGUUUGCGUUGCCGUUUGUUUGGUGCGAAAGUUGAGAAGACCGAGCAAUUAUUUGAUCGUUUCGUUGGCUGUGAGCGAUCUUUGUGUUGCCAUUAUGGUGAUGCCGGUGGCUAUGGUGUACGACCUUAUGGGGACGUGGCCUUUUGGACCUGUCAUUUGCGACUUUUGGGUGUCCAGUGACGUUCUAUCGUGCGCUGCAAGUAUAUUGAACCUAUGUAUGAUAUCUGUGGAUCGAUAUUACGCUAUCACGAAACCUUUAGAAUACGGAGUCAAAAGGACGCCGAAGAGAAUGCUUUUUUGUGUUUUUAUCGUCUGGAUGAGCGCUGCGUUUAUAUCGCUCCCGCCCGUAUUGAUAUUGGGUAAUGAGAAAACAGAAACGUCGUGCUCGGUGUCGCAGAAUCAGGGCUACCAGAUCUAUGCAACGUUCGGCUCGUUUUAUUUGCCACUGACUGUUAUGGUGGUCGUGUACUAUAAGAUAUUUAGUGCCGCCAGGAAAAUUGUUAAGGAUGAGAAAAGAGCUCAGUCGCAUUUAGAGUCGCAUUGCUAUUUGGAAAUUAAUGUUAAGAAUGGAGGAGGCGCGGAAGCUAGGCUACUAGGAAACCAACCACAAAACCCCCCCGAGGGGAUCUACUGCGAGUACAAAUACAACUUGCAGCGUAGAUAA